AUGGCUGAAAUUACUUUAGGUAGAUAUUUAUUCGAAAGAUUAAAGCAAGUUAACGUUGACACCAUCUUCGGUGUUCCAGGUGAUUUCAACUUGGUCUUGUUAGAUAACAUCUACGAUGUUCCAGGUUUGAGAUGGGCUGGUAACGCUAACGAAUUGAACGCUGCUUACGCUGCUGAUGGUUACGCCAGAAUUAAGGGUAUGGCUUGUUUGAUCACCACCUUCGGUGUUGGUGAAUUGAGUGCCUUGAACGGUAUUGCCGGUUCUUACGCUGAACACGUUGGUGUUUUGCACGUUGUUGGUGUUCCAUCCAUCUCUUCUCAAGCUAAAGGUUUAUUGUUGCACCACACCUUAGGUAACGGUGACUUCAGCGUUUUCCACAGAAUGUCUGCUAACAUUUCUGAAACCACUGCUAUGUUGACUGAUUUGGCUGCUGCUCCAGCUGAAAUUGACAGAUGUAUCAGAACCACCUACGUCACCCAAAGAACUGUUUACUUAGGUUUACCAGCUAACUUGGUUGACUUGAAGGUUCCAGCUAAGUUAUUGGACACUCCAAUUGACUUGUCUUUGAAACCAAAUGACCCAGAAGCUGAAGAAGAAGUUAUCUCUGACAUUUUGGAAUUGAUCCAAAAGGCCAAGAACCCAAUUAUUUUGGCCGAUGCUUGUGCUUCCAGACACAAUGUUAAACCAGAAUUGAAGAAGUUGAUUGACACUACUCAAUUCCCAGCUUUUGUUACUCCAUUAGGUAAGGGUUCUAUCGAUGAACAACACCCAAGAUUUGGUGGUGUUUACGUCGGUACCUUGUCUGACGAAAACGUCAAGGAAGCUGUUGAAGGUGCUGAUUUGAUUUUGUCUGUCGGUGCUUUGUUGUCUGAUUUCAACACUGGUUCUUUCUCUUACUCUUACAAGACCAACAACAUUGUUGAAUUCCACUCUGACUACAUUAAGAUCAGAAGCGCUUCUUUCCCAGGUGUCCAAAUGAAAUUUGUUUUGCAAAAAUUGUUGACCAAGGUUGGUGAAGCUGCUAAGGGUUACAAGCCAGUUCCAGUCCCAACUAAGAGACCACAACACAAGGAUCUUACCUCUGAAACCACUCCAUUGAAACAAGAAUGGGUCUGGAGUGCUGUCGGUGACUUCUUGAAGGAAGGUGAUAUUGUUUUGGCUGAAACCGGUACCUCUGCUUUCGGUAUUAACCAAACUCAUUUCCCAACUAACACUUACGGUAUUUCCCAAGUUUUAUGGGGUUCUAUUGGUUUCACCGUUGGUGCUACCUUAGGUGCUGCUUUUGCUGCCCAAGAACUUGACAAAUCCAGAAGAGUUAUCUUGUUUGUCGGUGAUGGUUCUUUGCAAUUGACUGUUCAAGAAAUCUCCACCAUGAUCAGAUGGGGUUUAACUCCAUACUUGUUUGUCUUGAACAACGACGGUUACACUAUUGAAAAAUUGAUUCACGGUCCAAAGGCUCAAUACAACAACAUUCAACCAUGGAAGCACUUGAAACUUUUGGAUACCUUCGGUGCUAAGGACUCUGAAUCUUUGAGAGUUGCCACCACUGGUGAAUGGAACAAGUUGACCAAGGAUGCUGCUUUCAACAAGAACGACAAGAUCAGACUUAUUGAAGUUAUGUUGCCUGAAUUUGAUGCUCCAAGUAACUUGGUUGCUCAAGCUAAAUUGACUGAAGCUAUCAACGCUACCCAAUGA